AUGAACGCACCAUUGGAGACCUACAAUAUCGCAGUCAUAGACGACGAUAGUGAUGAUGAACUUUUUAAGGAGUUACACCAAGAGCUUCAGGUGAUAACGCAGCCAAGGUAUAUUGAUGAGUCUUCAAUUUCUACUACAAGUCGUGAAGUGCAGGAACACUUGACUGAACCUGUUGAUACAAAUGAAGAUGCUACAGCAACAUGUCCUACACUUUCUUUGAGUAAUCACUCUGAAGAAGUCCCUAAAAGUGAAGACUUGGACCCUGAAGAAUUUCAAUCAUUAGCCGACGCAAUCUUCAUGUCAACUAAUGACGCUGUCAGUUUUAAUUCAAGUGAAUUGGUGCCAUGCAAACUUAGCACCAACGGUUCAAGCUCAUCACAGCCUAAUUUGGAAAGGUAUACAGAAGAUCCUAAUGGUGGUACCUAUGAUUAUACCUUAGUCAGUCAAAUAGAAAACGCUUUGAAGAAAAUUGCCAGCACUUCUCAAGAGUCACAAGAUGUUUUCUCAAAUUUGAUGAGAUGUUCCACUGAAUGCACUUCACAAGCAGAUUCUGAUGGUAUUUACUCACUUUCCAGCAUUGAUGAUACUGAAGAAGUUUUACAUGUUAGUCUUCCUAGUCAUUUACAAAACAAGAAAGUUCUCAGGUUCAUAAGUCCAAGAGCUGAUAGGUCGUUAGUUAAAACGAAGGAUUGGAUGUCAUCGAAAUUUUAUAAACCUGAAAGAUUUUUGGGAAGAGUUUGUUCUAAAGUACCAGCUCGCAAAAAGGUUCGUUUCGGUUACACUCCAAGGUAUAGAGCUUAUAAAAAUGUGACAAAUUGUGGGUAUGCUCUCAAAAGAACGUUGUCAGGCUGUCUUCAAACACAAACCACCACUGCACAUAACGUUCCAGGUUCUGAUUUAAAAUCAAUCUUGAAAUCCCGGUUCAACGCCAACCUGUCCGAAGAACUUGAAGCUGUGUCUCUCCAUAUGCUGAAAUUUGAUGAUGACUAUGAAGAGCUCGAGUUGAGAUGUCAUUUUCAAAAGACAAUUUCCAAUACAGGAUUGAACAAGCUGAUGGCUUCAAGAGAAGGAGAAUUCUUGAAAGAUGAAUUCCUAAAAUUUGCCUCUGGAAAUGAGCGCUAUAAGCUGCUGAUGGCACGUGAAGCUCGCCAUAAUCUAUUCAAUUGUUCCACUGACAUUUUUGAAUCCUUUAGAUGA